AUGUCGUGGGCGGAGAUCAAAUCGACGCUCCCGAAGAGGUCGUUGUUCGUCUUCAGCUUGGACAACCCGAUACGUAAAGGGUUGAUAUACACCGUGCGGUCGAUGCACUUUGGGCGCUUCAUCCUGUUCCUCAUCCUCGCCAACUGCGUCUUGCUCGCGAUGGACACGAAAGAGCCCGGGUUCGAAAAGACAGCGACCGGUCAGGUGGUGGGUUACUCGGAAUAUUUAUUCACCGCGCUGUUCGCGUUGGAGAUGUGCUUAAAAAUAAUCGCCCUCGGGUUCGUCGGCCACCCCGGCGCGUACUUGGCGGAUAACUGGAACCGAAUGGAUUUUUGCGUCGUGUUGCUCGGUCUCCUCGCGUACUUGCCCUUCGUGGAUAACUUCAGCGCGAUCAGAAGCGCGAGGGUGUUGCGGCCGCUGCGGACGAUCACCAACGUGAAAGGGAUGCGGGUCAUCGUCGGGACGUUACUCGGCGCCCUGCCGAAGUUGUUCGACGUCUUCGUACUCGUGUUUUUUCUGUUCUUCAUCUACGGCGUCGUCGGCGUGCAGCUGUUCAUGGGCAAGAUGGAUCAGAAGUGCGCGACGCUGGCUUCGGAGUACCCGAACCACGGCGACAGCAACACGGGGACGUCGUGCGACGCGGGUUCGUACUGCAUCGAGGAGACAAACAAGGAUAACUUGCCGAAUUUUGGGCUGACGACGUUUAACCACAUCGGAUGGGCGUGGUUGACGAUCUUUCAGAGCAUCUCCAUGGAGGGGUGGACGACGAUCAUGUACAGGGUCAUGGACGCGGUGUCGCGGUGGGCGUGGGUUUACUUCGUCUCUUUGAUCAUCAUCGGGUCGUUCUUCGCGGUCAACCUCGCGCUCGCGGUGUUGUACGUGCAGUUCACGUCCGAGGCGGACAUCGAGUCGCUGCACCCGGACAAGGAUAAGGACAAGAAGGGCGACGCCGUGGAGUACGACGAGUUCGUGCCAAUCAAGAGCGGGAACAGGAUCGUUCGCGCGUGCUACGCGAUAUCGAUCAGUCCACGGUUCGAGCAGCUUACGAUCGCGCUGAUUUGCGUGAACACGGUGGUGAUGGCGAGCGAGCACAACGGGAUGCCGUCGACGAUGUCGACUGUCAACGACUGGAUCAACUACACGUUGUACGGGUAUUUCGUGAUCGAGAUGCUGAUCAAGCUGACCGGUUUCGGGUGGAGGCGGUACGUCGCGGAUCGCAUGAACGUGUUCGACGCGUUCGUCGUCUUCGUGUCAACGAUCGAGAUCGUGAUCAGUCUCGCGAGCGGGAACGACCCAGACGGGUACCUCACCGUGCUGCGAACGUUUCGGUUGCUGCGGAUCUUCAAGCUCGCGCGGAGCUGGAAGGCACUCAACGUGAUCAUCACGACGAUGUUUAACUCCAUCGCGAGCAUCUCAUUCCUGUCGUUGAUCCUGAUGCUGUUCAUGUUCAUAUUUGCGCUCCUCGGGAUGCAAGUGUACGGGUACGAGUUCGUGAACUGCGACAAAAGCGACUACUCGCGGCACAACUUCGACAACAUCUAUUGGAGUUUCAUCACCAUUUUCCAAAUGCUCACGGGGGAGAACUGGAACGAGGUGAUGUACGACGGCAUGCGUCAGGUGAGCGCUUGGGCGUCGGUGUACUUCAUCGGCAUCGUCGUCUUGGGGAACUACAUCAUUUUGAACCUCUUCCUCGCGAUUCUUCUCGACAACUUCGCGGAGGAAGCGGAAAAUAAUGAUGACGACGACGAUGACGACGACGACGACGGGGGGAAACCAAAAUCCUCGCAGAUCCUCGAACCGCACGCUUUUGUGCACGGGAAGUACGUCGAGGGUUUGGAGCACACGUCGUUGUACAUUUUUGGCCCGCGUAAUGCAUUCAGGAAGAAGCUCGCGCAGUUUGUGUAUCACCCGUAUUUUGAGUACGCGAUUAUCUUCAUCAUCGCGUGCUCGUCCAUCGCGCUCGCGAUCGACGGCCCGAAGAUGAGCAAAGACGCGCCGCUGUACGACACCGAGCUGAGCGACUCCGAAGAGCAGAUGAAGUCGAUGCUGUACUACGCGGACCUCACGUUCACGGCGAUAUUUACCCUGGAGCUCAUCAUGAAGGUGAUGGUUGACGGUUUCAUCGCGCACAAGGGUUCAUAUUUGCGGUCUCCGUGGAACAUUUUGGAUGCGUUGGUCGUCGUCGUCGGCAUCCUCGCGGUGGUCGGGGACGAUUCCAUGAACGCGUCGUCGCUCCGAGCGUUGCGUACGUUCCGCGCGCUGCGACCGAUACGCAUGGCAUCGCGAGCGCAAGGCGUGAAAGUUGUCGUGAACGCGUUGUUCCAGGCGAUCCCGGGCAUCGGGAACGUCGCGCUCGUGUGUAUGUUGUUCUACCUCAUCUUCGGCAUCAUGGGUCUGAACAUCUUCAUGGGGAAGAUGUAUUACUGCAGCGACGAAACAGACACGGCCACGCGACUCUACGGCUCGACGACGGAGUUUACGACCCUAGGGAGUCCGUAUACUAUCACGUCCGUGUGUUCGCCGACGGCCUACACGACGCUGUGGACGAACCCGAGGGAUUACAACUUUGAUCACAUCGGGAACUCGAUCCUGGCGCUGUUCGAAACCGCGACGUUAGAGAACUGGCUGUUCAUCAUGUACCACGGCGUGGACACGACGUCGCUUGACCAUCAGCCGGUGAGGGACGCGAGCCCGUACUUGGCUUUGUUCUUCGUGGUCUUCAUCAUCGUCGGAUCGUUCUUCGUGAUGAACUUGUUCGUCGGCGUCACUAUCGAUAAGUUCAACGAGAUGAAAGAAAAACAAGAGGGCUUCAAGGGCAGCAUAUUACUCACUGAGAGCCAAAAGAAGUGGGUCGCGAUCCAGAAGCUCCUCGUCGCGUGCAAACCCGAUCGCGUCCCUCGGAGGCCGAGUCACAGCAAAGGAAGGGCGAGUGUGUACGACUUCGUGGUUUCAGACAAGUUCGAGGUGAUAGUCAUGGUCAGCAUCAUGCAGAACAUCGUCGUCAUGGCGUUGGCGCACGACGGGAUGAACGAUACGUGGGUAUCGACGUUGUUCUACAUCAACUGUGCGUUCGCGGUGAUGUUCCUACUCGAAGCGACCGCGAAGAUUUACGCGUACAACCCGAAGGAAUACUUCAGCGACAAUUGGAACAGGUUUGACUUUUUCGUCGUCGUCAUCAGCAUUGGCGGGGUCGUGAUCACGCUCUUCGCGGGCCAAGACGCGGCGUACGUGAGCAUGAUACGGAUCUUCCGCGUCGCGCGUAUUUUCCGCCUCAUCCCCAAGGCAAAAUCCCUCCGGACGUUGUUCCAGACUCUGCUGUAUUCCAUGCCUGCGCUCGUCAACGUCGGAAGCGUCUUGGCCUUGUUCUUUUUCAUCUUCGCCGUCAUGGGGAUGAAUUUGUUCGGGAAGAUAGUCCCGACCGACGGCGAGCUCUCGCGGUACGCCAAAUUUGAGGACUUCCCGACCGCGGUGCUCACGUUGUUCCGGAUGUCCACGGGCGAGGCGUGGAACGGCAUCAUGCACGACUGCAUGAUCACGGACAACACGUACAAGAGCGCGGACGAGGACAACUGGACGGACCGAUGCACGCCAUCCUACGUCGGCACCGUGUUUUACUUUAGCGUCUUCAUCCUCCUCUGCGCGUUUGUCCUCUUGAACCUCGUCAUCGCGGUGAUUUUGGACAACUUCGCGUCGAACAACGAAGACGAGGAGAACCCGGUGAGCAAGGAGCACAUGUAUUCGUUCACGCGAGCGUGGGUGAAGCUCGAUCCGCACGCGACGUACUACACCAGGGCGGCAAAUUUGGAGCAGAUUGUGCAGACGAUAGAGCCGCCUUUGGGAUGCCAAGGCGUCCCGCCAAACGUCGCGAAGCAGGAGACCCAGAAGAUCAUCAUGUCCGUGGACAUUCCGAACCACGACGGGAAGAUCCACUUCCUCGAGACGCUCCACGCGCUCGCGGGGAGGAUCGCGGGCACGGAGCUUCCCGCACACGCGGAGGUGAAGGUCACGAAUAAGAUACAGAAACAGCUGCCGACGUUACGAAGCGGAAAGGUGCCGCAGUACACCGCCGCGCACUACUACGCGGCGAUGUACGUCCAAGCCGCGGUGAGGGGGUUCCUCGCGAGGUACGAGAUGAGGGAGAAAAUGAAGACCAUGCCCGUGAAUAAGCUCGCGCGGCAAGGGUCUAUGUCUAAGCACUCGCACGCGAGCAGCGGUUGAUCCGCUGACGCGCGAGGUCGAUGUCGUCACUCAUAGUCUACUAGCAUAGCUUCAUAUAGAAGAGAGACGGACGAUUUCGAC